CUUAUCUAUCCGUCUUGGAUACUAGUUUCACCGUUGAAAAACGUCAACAUAGUAACCCGGGAAAGGCGACGUCGGAAAGACAGACGAAGACAAUUUUUUAAACAACCCCUACAGUUGUUUUGGGAACGAUACCUUUCUUGUAAAACAAGUUGGGAAAAAAUGGAAGUACGUCUGUUGAAAAAGUUGGCAGUUUAGUUGCUGUAGCUUUUGGCUAGUUGAUUAGCUAACGUUAGCUAGCGACGCUGACGGUAGCAAACAGAUCGCCAAAGGAAACCAAAAGAGAAGUUUGAGAUUUUAUGACUUUCAUAUGACAAGCUCCUCAGCCUAAAUGUGGACAACCAGAGAAAUUGGACCGUUCUCCUAAAGGUGAGUGGGAGAGAUGAGAAGCAGCAGAACCACUGAAGUACCCCUCAAAACAUCUGCUCAACCCUUUCCAAAUCACAAUAUUGGUACAGAGCUUACAAAUGCAUGGAAAAGUUUAGCUCAGUCCAAAGCUGCUCUUCGGCACAUAGAAAACCGGUUGGAAGCCACUCCUGGAACUGGUGUUCUACUCGAUACCUUCUCCCCCAAGAAGAAAACAUCAGGAACAUCUCACACCAGGGAUGGAAGGCAAGCUGAUGUUUCAAGAAGGAAUACAAAGCCAAGAGGUGAAAAUCAUCAGAACCCAGCUAAAAGUAACUCACGCAGCCCUUUGAGGAAUGCCACACAGGACAGCAAUGUACGAAAAAGCAGCAGUGUGGAGUUCAAAGAGCCUCUGGCCUCAUACAGAGAGGCCACACCUCCUUCACAUCCCUUUUCUCAGUCGGAGGCCUACAAUCUGCAGCCAGCGCCAGAGUCUUCAUACACAUCCUCUCCGCCUUACACGGAUCCCCUGCCCAGCCAGCUGAUCUACCAGAAAGUAACCAGGGACAAACAGACUGACAGGGACUUAGAAAGCACACACUCCUCUGCAGUGGAGAGUGCUGAGGUGCGAUACAUCAACGAUCAGCCGGUCGUGGAUAGCCUGAAGACAGAGCAGAGCUCUCACAAAGCACAACUUGUGAUGGAUAAUCACGAAUCAAACCCAUGCUUGGUUCGGACCCCUGGCUCUUCUCGCCAAGGGGAAAGCUCUCCUUCCACAAGCCCUGGUUCAGUGUCCCAGCGGUUGGAAAACCUGAGGCGACAUCAGCCGGAUGACAAACUUGAGAAAUUAAAAGAGCGCAUUCGAAGACAGAGACAACAUUUGGAGGAGACAGCACAAGGAGAGGCGCUUAAGGGUCAUCUUAAGAAGCCAGUUGUUGCAUUUGCUGAGGGUGACAGUGUUGGCUCAAGCAGCAUGCCAGCAGCCAAGAUACGCAAAGUAACAUCAGCACCACCAGCGCCUAUUUACAAAGGUUUCAACAGCACAGAGACAAAGAUCCAGACUCCUGAUGGGAAAGUCUGGAAAGAGGAGGAGUUCCAAAGCCUCAGCAAAGAAAUCUAUGGAGACAUAUCACGGCAAUUUUCCGAGGGCAUAAAAUCCAGGCAUCAACAACACAGGGAACAGAGAGCAGAAAGAUCCAAGGAGAGGCCAUCGAAACCAGUCCGGAAGGUCCACAAAGUUCCCCCUGUAUCUGAGCAGAAUUCCAAACCAGUGAUAAGUCCUGCAUCAUGGCGUGAGGGACAAAAGCUAGUAAAGAUGGUACUGGGUCCCCCUCCAAAACUACCCAGAGAAGAACCAACUUCCCAUCCAGCUGGAAAACAGACCCAAGCAGCUUCCAGACACCCUCAUCAAGAUGGCACAGAGAGGCCUCGCAGUGGUUUCCAGGAGAAACCGUCCAGCCGCCCUACAACCUCAUACAAUCACUCGUCUUCAGCCAAGGACAGGAUGCCACAGGGAGUGAAUACAGAUGUUUUGGCAGUAGAUAUACAGGGGAUUCUUGAUGACCUUCAGCUGGAUUGCAAACCAGCUGAAAUGGAAGAGCGAGCCCGUAAAAGAUCUCGAGGUGGCAGUGGUAGUAGAAGAGGCCGGGGAGGGUCAGGUUCACGGACAAGGGCUCCUGUCUCUGCUUGGGGAACUACAGUUCCAACUUCCAGCUCCAGAGGUUGCCGUAGUGCCAGUCCCACUAAACGGCAACAUGAUGAUGCUAACAAAGCAAGCAAAGGUCAAAAGAAGAGGCACUAUGAUGCAGACACAGUCCGCCAGUAUAUUGCACAACAACAAGAGGAGAGAAAAAGGCGACAGGUAGAAGAGAAGAGGGCAGCAAAGGAGGAGGCUGAGAGAAGAAAUCAGAGACUUGCAGAGCUGUACAAGAAGCAAAGAGAAGUAGCAAAAACUGUGACCCUUUCCACUGAGGCAGCUGUGGCCCCCGUUCAAAAACGCCUGCAGGAGACCUACACCAAACUACUGCUGGAGGAUGCCCGGCUCGGCGAGGAACAACCUGCGCACCUUUCUGCACCUAUUAUUCAGAUGAGACCCCUAUACCAGCCUUCAGGAGAGUCUGACAAGGAAAACAAAAGACUAGAGGUGUCACAGAGCCCCUCAAGCAGUGACAAGUCUUUAAAUGAGCUGCCACCUCCACCAUUAUCCAGGAACGAUCUUGAAGAUUCCUUUUCACUUCAGCCUGACCAUCUGAAUCCAGUUUAUCAACCCACAAAUGUUGCCACCAGCAGUGUACAAGUUUCUUCCAAUGAACAUCUUCUCUCUCAGAUUUUAAGGCUGGAUGCAGCAAUGGCUGCUAGUAGCAAGUACAGUGAACGGCCAGCUGUUGCACCUCAGUCCCACACCAGGAUGUCUCGGAUUGAAGCCCUAAAGGCGAAAGCUACAUCCUUAUCAAACCGCAUCGAAACAGAGGCCCGAAGGUUUGCAGGACAAGAGAUCAACUAUGGCGCCCCAACUUCAAUGGAUGUUGAUACUGUUUUACCUCCCAGAAAUUCUAAUGUUGAUUUUGAGUACUGGACAGAAAUCCCUGCUUAUGCUACAGAGAAUAGCGACAAGUCCUUUAGGGUACACAAAGCUGCCACAAGUGCAGGUUAUACAACAUACACAGACACAGCUCUUUCAGGAGCAGAGAACCUGCAUGACUUGGUGGAAAAGACGUACACCAGUCUAACAAAUCCACAUACGGUUUCUCCAGGUGUAAAUGGGACAUCUUUAAACAGUUACUCUCAAGAAAGGAGGAGGAGGAGGAUUGUAGUUGACUUAGGCUUGAAAGAGAAAGAAAAUCUAGAAGAUAGAAUAAAAAAUAAGAGAGAGGAGAAUGCUGUGUUUCCAUAUCAGUCUGAUCUCCAUGAUUUAAGUUCUGGUUCCAUUAGUGAGGGACCUCUACUGAGCGAGGGAAGUUUUUCUGAGGGAGACUCAAGUCCACCCCAGUACUAUAGUAACCGUGGGCGUAAUGCAGACUACUUGGAGGCAGCGGACAACAGAGCAGGUAAAAGCAGUAAUCACAACCGGCUGUUGGAGUUCCAGAGGGAUGCGGCAAAGUGUGCAGCCCUCAGCCCACCGUUUUCACAGCUAAAUGGUAGCAAAGCACCAUGGGAAGAGUUGAACAAAGGAAGCCCUCUGAGUGUAAUUAAUAUUUUCACCAAAAAUGUCCAAGGCCAUGUUAAAGUGAAUGAAAGAGAUUCAGAGAAAUCUCCACACGGAGACGACCAAGGAGAUGCAGAAGUCUAUUUGGAUGACUUUGUUUCAUCACAUAGCAGCAAAGCAAGCAGCCAGUUAAAAAGGGGAUCCAACUCUACAAGUCACUCCCAGAGUAUGUCCCCUGGUUCAACACCUGGAUCCUCACCACUUUCCAGGCACUCCACAAGUAAAAGAGUUACCAUUUCAGACCAGAGUGAUGCAACUCUUGUAGAAGAACUGAAGGGUUCACCGCUUUCAGAAGCAAAUUCCUCUGACCACAGAAGGAAAGCCUCAGACAAAAGUUUGAACCAAGACCAGGACAAAAGUUUAGAUUCUGACACAUUAGGAGGACGUUCAGCCCAUUCCCCCAGAAGACCCAAACUGGUUUCAUCAUCCUGCUCUCCAGACCUCAGUUCUUCUCUAACUGCAGACUCUCCCAGUGAGCAUGUAAGAAGGAGCUCUAAUAAUCUGAAAGCAUCCAGCAGAGCAGAACUGAGGUCCACAGGUGAGUUGCAGUAUUCACCGGCUGUCUUGAGACAGCGCAUGGCAGCAGAAAUGCACUACUUGGAGUCCAUCGAAGAGUCAAUUAAACAGCUGGGAGAUGCAGAGAGGCUUAUGGGUGUGUCUAUGGCCCAACAGGAGAGUGCAUCACUGGCUCAAAUGCUUAAGGCUAAGCAGCAUCGCCAUGAGCAGGAACUCUAUGAGCUAAAAAUCAAGACGGAAAGAGAAGCCCUUGAGGCAAAACUCCAGCUUGAGGAGAACAGACAAAGGGUUGCCAGGGCUCAUUUAGAGCUGCAAGAAAACUUGGCAGCUUCACAAAAACAGACUUUGGAAGGUCUCCAAGAGUCAGCUUCUAAGAUGGUUAGCCAACAGGCUGAAGCAGCGCGGUACACAGCUGAUGCUGCCCGACACAUUAAGGAGAUGGCAGAACUUGCACAGUCCCAGAUUACAGGACAUUUGAUUAUUCCAGCCAUUGCCACUGAGUCGGCUGUAUUGGACCAUCAAGAAGAACAAAAUAGUUCCCACACCAAGUCACAUGAAAGCAGGGGUGACUCUUACAGUUAUAAAAGUGAAGUUUCAAAACGAAGGGUCAGGUCUGGUGAGCCCUCAUCUUCUCAAAACAGCCUCAGUCAGCCUGACUCGCUAUCUUUUAGAAGAUCAAAUGUCAGUGCAUCUCCAUGUGGAAGUAACCAAACCAGCCCAUCACGUGCUUCAUCUGACCACGGAGAAAAAGUGAAAAGAGAGCCUGUGGAGAGAAAACGGAGGAAUGGGAGAGCUGAGGAGAGGGUAAAAGAGGAAGCAGCCUGCAGCUCUAUUGAGGAGGAUAUUCCAGCAGCAGCAAAUGACUCAGUCUACAGUGAAAGGAUUCUCUCUCUAGAGGAUGAGAAAGGAGAAACUACAUCUGUGGCCACUGAGUAUUCUCUGAAGUUCGAUCAGUCCAUGACGGAAGAUGACAUAGAGGAAUGCUCUUUCCGUUCUUUGCUGCCAUCUGAAGCUCAUCGUAGAGGAACCAUGCAGAAAAAGUUGCACCAUCAGAGGGAAGCAGAAGAUUUUGGAGCCAGUCUCGAUGAAACAUUGGUCCCAGAUAUGGGAUCAUGUGGUUCCUUUAAGAAGUCUAAGGAUGUGCACAUAGCGUUCUCUAGUGGGCAGGACAGUUUUUCUAAGUUCACAAUGGAAAUGGUACGACAAUACAUGAAGGAUGAGGAGGUAAGACUACAACAUCAGAGUUCUCUGUUGCAUCUACGCCAGAAAGCUCUCAAAGAAAAGACAAGGACAGAGCUAGCCUGGCUUGAGCACCAGAAGAAGAAGCUGAGAGACAAGGGUGAGGAUGAUAAAAUGCCACCAAUCAGGAAGAAGCAGAGGGGACUUCUGCUUAAGCUCCAGCAGGAGCAGGCAGAGAUCAAGAGACUCCAGGAAGCCAACAAAGCAGCUAGAAAAGAAAGGCAGUUGCUACUGAAACAGCAGGAAGAGAUUGAACGGAUGAGAAACUCAACACUCAGACUGAAAGAGCGUCUCAAAUGUGCAGAGGGAGAGGCUCCCCCUGAAAUUCCAAUGUCAGAACCUUCAGGCACUGAACUGUCCUCCCCGAGGCUUCCCGAUGAAAUGCGCAGUCCCUCACCUUCGCUAUCCAUCUCUGGAAGUGAGACCAGCAGCAUCAUGCAGAAGCUUAAGAAAAUGCAGUCUCACAUGGAUGAAAAACACUGUUCCCCUGUCCACUGCUUCUUCUCUGUGUUCACGGCCCACCACUGGGCCUCUCUCAGUGUCUGUCUUCCCAACCUCCACCCUAAAUUCCAGCUCUUUAUCUACAACCAGUUGGUCAGGUUCCUGACGAGGCGAGAACAGCAACUGAUGCAAAGGCGCCACCAUGCCGAGGAGCUGCUCCAGUGGAAACAGCAACUGGAUCAGGAGGAGGCUGAAGUCCGAAGGAUGGAGAGAGAGGCCUUGGCUGCCUGGGACCUGAGAAGACCUCUGGACAAGGACCGUAAAACGUCUGAGAGCGAUGGAAAUGAUAUCUCUGAAACUGGAUCGCAGGCUUCUCACCGACAAAGCUUAGAACUUAGAUAUGACAGUGAAAAGGAGCUUGUGAGUGAAGACAACUGCUCCUCAAUUGUUACGGAGUCCAGUAUACACACAGAGGGACCGGUUUCUCUGCACCAAGAGAGUCCAACCUCAGUGCAACUGGCUUCAGUGGGUGAAACACCACAAGCCCCGGUUUAUAGCAGCCCCGCUACUUACACUCAAGACUUUUCUGCUGAGUCUCAAUUACCGGCUCUAAAGUCCUCUUCAAUCAAAGACAGCCAAAGCCCUGCUACCUCUCCAUCAGAUUGUGGCAGUAAGAGCAAGAUGCAACUUCGCUCCACCUCCCAGGUUCCUGAUCACCUGACAGCUGUGCUGUCUGAAAACAUUUCAGACCAGAGUGACAUUGAGAGUCGUAUCAAGGCACUAAGGGAAGAGCUGAGAAAACGUAAGAUCAUGGCCUACCAGCUGAAAAAAGAGCAGAAAAAGCAACACAAGGAGCGGCUGAAGGCUCAGGAGGCACAACUAUUGAAGAAACUUGAGAACUACAACGAUUUCAUUGAGAAAACCAAAGCAGAGCUUAAUAAGGAGCCAGACUCAACACCUGAUACUACAGCAAAUAUAAAUGAUUCCAGCUACGUUUUGGAGCAGUCAUCUAUCAAACCUUCUCUGCACAGAUCUGACAUCAAAAGCUCUGACUCUGCAGGCACAGUUAUUGAUGCUUCACAAAAUCCUAAUACCUUUCCACAGUCUUAUCAUAGCCAAUCAGCUUCCAAAGCAUUGCCUGAAGAUUUACCCAACAAGGUCCCCAAAACUCCCACUGUGACUGAAUACAGCAGACCGUCUGGCGGUCAUUCAUCAGGGUCUCUUUUAAGAUCUCUAUCCAAGCCAGAGUCUGAGGAUGAGAAGGUUUUGUCUGACAACAAAUCUGAUAUUGAGGAACAGUUAGAUGUGGAAGUACACUCCAGGUCUGAGGAUGAACAGUCUAACCUUCUCAAACCUGACUCCCAGGAGAAAAUAACUGCAUCUAAACAAGACCCCCCUAUCAUAGGCGGGGAACGUGAAAGGUCUGAUGGCUUGGAUCAGGAAGAACAGAGGACUGACAGAGAAAUAUCUGAAGCGGAGGAUGCUGUGAAGUCAAAUACCUUUAUACCUGGUGCUCAGUAUUCUGCUGCCGGUAAUCUGGAAGCUUCAUCACAUGUAAGCUGCAGCUCUUCAGCCAAAGACCCCCCUCUCUCACCUGACUCAGCAGGCUCUUUAAAAAAACAGCCUCUCUGUAAAGAUGUUGACGUGUCUCUUGGCACCGAUGGUUACCAGGAGGACUUUGAAUCUGCUCAUUUUUCACCUUCAGAGGAUCAUAUUUCUAAGCACGAGUCUCAAGUCUCUUUGCCCCAAAUGGAAGUUAAGCAUUCAAGUAAAGAGUCAUCCAGGGCAACCCCCACUUUUGACACCCAAGAUGAAGUAGAAGAAGAAAUACCCGAAGAGAUAAGUCGGCCUGCUAGUGCUGGUGAGCAAGACCUUCAUUCAGAAAAACUUGUGGAUUUCCAACAUAAUGGAGAAGAUUUAAAAUGUGAGAAUAAAACUGAGUUUUCCAGCCAAGGGGUCGCUUCUCCUUUGGUUCUAGAUGAAAUGCCAGGUUUUCAGCUUGGAGACCGGGUCCUAGUUGGAGGCGUUCAACCGGGCACCCUGAGAUUUAAAGGUCCAACCAGCUUCGCCAAUGGCUUCUGGGCAGGUGUGGAGUUGGACAAAUCUGAAGGAAGUAACAACGGUACUUAUGAUGGGGUUGUUUACUUUGAAUGUGAGGAGUCCCAUGGUAUCUUUGCUCCUCCAGACAAAGUCUCACACCUCCCAGACAAGUUUGAGCUCUAUGCAGAUACUACAGAAGAUGAGGACUCUUUCUUUGAUGACUUGUCUGAUAAAGGUGGGGAACAGCAGAAAAAGGUUAAAGGCAGUCCUCAAAAACCAAAAGAUCCAGAAAUCAAAAACAAUCAAACACUUAACAAGGACAACAAGUCUAGAGAUGUAAAAGAUUUGGAUGAGAAGGACCAGAUCCCCCUUGAUUCCAAACUGACCCUCAAUUCACAGCAUCAGAAAAAACUUGAGCAUCAGAUUUGUCAUGUGAACCUUAAGGAUGUGAUUUUAGACUUAAAUGAAGCAUCACACGCAUCCCUUAUUCCAGAUCAAGAAAGAACUAAGGAGAAUGAGAAGAAAGCAGCCAUCGCUGAGAGAAAUAAUACUGACAUUAAGCAGGAUUUGAUUCCCACAGAUCGGCCAGCAGACAUCAAGAAUGAUAAGAGAGGAGAGAAGGACGGGGAUCGGCUGGACACAUUUACUGAUAAGCUUCUCAACAACUUGAUCAAAGAUUGUUUUAAGCAGUGCUCUGAAAUAAAAAGGGCCAAAGAAGAAAAGAUAAAAAAGGCCAACCAGUUAAAUGGAUGUUUGUUUGUUGGAAAUGAUGAAGAAAAGUGGAUCUCUUCAGUGGGGCAAAAAGAUAAUCUACCGUUCUUUCUACCUGCUGAAAAGGGGGAGUUGUCUUCUCCUGAACUCUGCAACAGAUCAGAGAGUCCAGUCUUUGGUCCCAGUGGCCAAGAGGAGCUCGCUAAGCGUUUAGCUGAACUGGAGCUGAGCCGAGAAUUGCUGGAUGAUAUUGGGGAUGAUCAGGACUGGUUCGAUGAGGACUUUGGUCUCAGCUCCCGCAGACAGCAGCAGAGACUCAAACAGAAAGAAGAGCUCGGAGGUGAACUUGGCAGGUCAUUGGGCCCACACAUGGGGGCCAUGGUUUCAUCAUUAGGUGGGGACUCGCAGGUAAAAACUCCACCAAGACCAGAGCUACCCCUCCCCUUGCCUCCCAAACUACCUGAACAGCCCGCCAUGAUUGUGCCCCACUCGGCCACAGAGGUGGAGAAAAUGGUCCAUUCUGCCACACAGGAGAUCUGGGAGGCUUUUGGCCUGGGGAAGGAUGGGGCGCUCAUACUUGAACAACUUUCAAAGCCUACACCAUCCCUGGAGUAUUUAGGGAAAGAGUCCAGCAGCCAGGACCAAGAUGCCCUCUCCAUCAUCAGUUACAAAAAGGCCGUGUUUGACCUUACAUGGGAGUUACUUAAGGAAAUAUUUGCUGAAGAUCCGAAUACUGAUCAACCUCAGUGGGUCAAACCACGUCAAGUAAAGUCCUCCUUCAUUCACAGAGUCAAGACCGCUGGAGACAUCAACAAAAUUCAGGAAUUUGUCACAGAAGAAGUACUUAAGCUGUAUGGUCUGAAGCAAGAUCAGAGUCAAAAGACUGACUGGCAGAAGAUGCUCAAAUUUGGCAGGAAGAAGAGGGACAGGGUUGAUCACAUUCUGGCCCAGGAACUCCAUGAGGAGGAGGCCCAGUGGGUUAACUACGACGAGGACGAACUGUGUGUCAAGCUCCAGCUCGCAGACAGCAUCUUCCAGACUUUGCUGAAGGACACUGCUAACACAUUCACACUUAUUUCUGACAAGAGAGCCAAAAGAGGAGCUCUCUCUUGACCGCCUGGAUUUUGAAUUAUGGUCUGUUGCUCUUAGUACUUUCUUGCAACUGAGAAAUAUAAACCAUUUAACAACUCUUAAGACUUCAGCCGAGCAUUUCACAAUAGAAAACCCCCCAGAGGCCUUCAGUUUAGUGUUUUUCUUACAGACAAACAGACUCCAGCUGUAGCUUUGAUUUACUUAUUUUCUUUUUGCUUCUAAGCAGUCAGGCCUUCCCAAAAAAUAGCAUCUUCUGACCUCAGUUUACACCUCCUAGCAAGAACUGGUUAUUUUAAGAAGACUAAAUGAGGUGGAUAUGAGAAUAUCCAUGAAUGCUGCUUAACUGUUUGUUCCAUUGUGGG